GUAACCGCGAGUCAUUUUCUGAUUGCGUCACCAGAAAGCGUCACAUUCUCAAAAACCGUUUGGUUUAUUGUGUUUAUUUAGGGUGGAUGUGCCCCGGCUGCCAUCGACCCUCAAAAUGACCAAAUUACAGUUUUUAAAUGUAUUUUUGACCGAACGUUUGAUGUUAGCCGCCCAAGAGAUAUAUAAGCAAGUGGAAGAGACAAUAUUAGAAUACCAAGAAGAAAUAAUCCAGGGAAAGAGAGAGAAUGAUCAAUUGAGACGCAAGUUUGGGAUUCCAUGGCCAGACCGAGAGCCCUUUGCUCCUGUAGAAUCUGAGGAGGAGGGAGGCAUUGGGCAAAAGCAGGAACCAGAGCCAAGUCAGACUAUGGAGAAACAGGAGGGAAGGACCAGGAAGGAGGAAAAUCAGUUUAGAGGACCGGACUCUCAGUCUAUAUUCACUCCUUCCAAUGGAAAUGAUGACUAUGAUCAGAACCCACCUCAACACACCUCACUCAGUCAGUUCCAAACUCACACCGGGGAGAGUAGAGAGGGAGGCUCUCUGUCCAGCUCAUCAACAUCCAAACCAAUCAAAACAGAGACUGAAGGACUGGGUGUUUGUCCAUUUGAUCCGUCAAGUGACCCCAAUACAUUCUCUUCGUCAGUGAACCUUGACCUUUCGGCAGCACAUAGUGAGAACAGUGACUAUGAAAACACGGAUGACUUCUGGUGCUGUGCGGUGUGGAGGGAAGGCCAGGAGGAGGUGGAGGGUGUGGUUCCCAGUACCUGGGUGGUGGGAAGGAAGGUCCUGUGGCCUCCAGCCAAUGGGAGGAAGGCUCUGAAAGAGAGACACAAGCCAGGAGCCAAUUGGACGACAUAUGACCUUGUUAAGGUCAAACUAUUCUCAGAAUCUCUGGAAGAGUGUGAAGGCUACAGUAGGUCCAGUGAUGAGCUCACUGACAACGGAGACAGUGAGCCCAACACACAAAAGAAGAAGAGGAAGAGGAGGAAGAGAAGGACGGGUGAGGGGCACGUUACCGGCACUGAUCAGAUACCUCAAGGAGGACCCAGUGGAGAUGGAAGGAUACACACAGGUGUGUCAGGAUCCUCAAACUCUCCUCCUCUGAAGAGGAGAGCGAUGACGAAAUCUGGAACCCUGGAGGAGAGUUCUGGAGCUCUAGAAGCAGAACCUCAGCUGGAUCCGUCUGAGCUCAGAGGCCUUGACGACACACUCAACAAGGAGAGCUACCUCAUAGAGGGACCACACUCUUCUGACGCAUGGGAUUCUGUUUUUCCAACCUCUCAGUCCAGAGAGGGAACAUUCCUAAGUGGACAGGAUAUGAUGGGAAACCUGCUGAAUUCAACCCAAAGUUUUCCUCUUCCAAAUGACCAGUUCCAGGAGCAGGUCCUGGGUCUGCUGGUGGACAUCAGACAGUCAGUGUGGGAUCUAGGAGGAAGGGUGGGAGUUCUAGAACACUGGGGUGGUUCUAGGGGUUCUGGAACAGAUUUCCAUUUUGACGUGUGCAGAACCUACGAGGACAUGGCCAACCUGGAGAAAGUUCUAGAGCCUCCUGAGGUAGCUGCCCAGAUGAAACAGUUCCUGAGCAGGAUCGGUGGGAACACCUUGAGGGAAAAUGUCACCAGGGUGAUGGAGAGGCUGAUGACCAAUGAAUUGAUGAGUACCUUCAACAUGAAAGGAAGGAAAGGAACCAAGAAGAGUUUUCUCACACACUCCCUCAGUAAAAUCAUUAUUGACAGCAUCAUGAUCACCCACCCGUACGCCACAGAGUCUGCUGUGAUGCACCUGAUGGCCAACGUACUGAAGUACGCCCCAGACCGACGCGGAGGAGGAGGCAGACCCCCCAGACAGUCACCCCAGGUCCCCCAUACCCAGAGACAGCAACACAUCCAACAACACAUCAACAUCAAACAGGAGCAAGACUAUUAAUGCCUGGACACCUUCCUUCUAGCCUGCGUACCAGUCGGUUUGUGCUAUUAUUGUCAUGCCAAGGAGUGGGAUGAUAGCACAGACUGGUACCCAGGCUACCUUCCUACUCUACCUGGGUCAUAUUCACUAGUAGUCACCAAACCAGUGUUAAUUUCGUCAACAAAAAUAGUGACUAAAAUAUUCAGCAAGCACCUAUUUUUCAGUGGCAAUUGACAAGACUAUAACUAAAUAAAUAGACCCAGAAAAAGAACUAGAAACAAACUAAAAUUAUAUUUCAUUCCAGUUGACUAAAACUGGACGAGAAUAUAUGAUCUGACUAAAAUCAGAUAAGUGGACUGGCAAUAGUUUUUGGAGAUAUUGAGAGCUUUUCUGUGAUAAGCACAAUUAAUAUUAGCAAUGGGUAGGACUUGCCACAUCACCUGGUGA